CACCCAACACACAACAGAAAGCUGACUCGAAAACGAAUCAGCAAAGUUCGAUCGAUUUUUCAAUCAAACGCGCACGAAAUGCAUCGGAUCGGAUUCGCGAAGUGAAAAUAUUUACAAAUUCGGACGCGAUGCAGUGAUUAUCGGAAAUUUGAUUACGCUUGUGUAUAUUCUGCGGGUGGGAGAGUUUCAAGUGAAGCGAAAUAUAAGUGAGCGAAGAUGAUGUCGCGAAGAUAAAACCCUUUUUGCUCAAUGCGAAAAACACUGCGACUGCAGGAAAAAUCAAAAAGGAAAACCGAGCGAGGCAAAAAUAGGGCUACUCUUACGUCACUGCAGUGGAUUUUCAGCAUCGCUGAGGAGGAUUUCACUCUUGUUUUCGUUCGCUGCGCUUGGAUAAUAUAUCGUUCCAUACGGUCAGCGAACCAAGCGAAGCGAGAGCUGCUUCAUAUCCGGAAAACAACGCAGGGUGAAUUAACGCGAACGCCCUUUCGGUGGAAUUUUCUUCCCGUCUACGAUACAGAGAAGAAGUUGCUGGAAGUGUUAGCCGCGCGGGGGCGUUUAGUCGAUUCCAACAACAACAAAGACAACCAAGGAAGAAAAAGGAUACAACCGCAACGAAAACGAAAGAUUCCUGCAUCUACCGAACAGAACACGUAAACGCAUAACUUCGUUGCACCAUGGCGAUGUCGAAAGGAUUUCGUGUGCUGGAAAAAUCAAAACCGCCUUCGCCGCACAGUGUACUGCUGGAACAUCGCAACAAGUCGGAAACGCUGCUGUUCGAAUCGCAGGCGGUAGCUGUGCUCUCUGCCCAGGAAACGGAAAUCGUCCGCAAACAGUACACCAAGGUGCUGGACGCUUACGGAUGUCUCGGCGUACUGCAGCUAAAUGCAGGCGACAGCUCUCUACUCUACCUGGUGAUGGUCACCGGGUGUUUUUCGGUUGGGAAAAUCCUGGACAAUGAAGUGUUUCGCAUCACCCAGACGCAGUUUGUCUCGCUGCAGUACCAACCGACAAACGAGGAUCGAAUCUCAGAAAUCCGUAAGGUGCUCAACUCGGGCACGUUCUACUUCUCGUUCACGAAUCAAGCGGCCAGCAAUAGCGUGCAGCUGGCAAGUGGGGGAUUCAAUUUCGACAUCACACUGUCGGCACAAAGGCGCCGGAGGACCACCGAGACGGAUAAUCGGUUCUUCUGGAACCGGAUGUUGUUCAUUCAUAUGUUAAGGUUCGGAGUUGAGUGCAAUUUUUGGCUGCUGAAAGCAAUGUGUGGAUCGGUAGAAAUCCGGACGGUUUACGCCGGAAGUAAGCAGGCCAGGGCGGCCAUUAUAUCUAGGUUGAGCUGUGAGCGUGCGGGAACACGCUUUAACGUUAGGGGAACAAACGACGAGGGCUGUGUGGCCAAUUUUGUCGAAACAGAGCAAUGUAUUUAUCUCGACAAUGAGGUAUCUUCGUACAUUCAGUCCAGAGGAAGUGUCCCUCUGUUUUGGGAGCAACCUGGUGUGCAGGUGGGUUCCCACAAAGUUAAACUUUCGCGAGGCUUUGAAGCUUCGAGGGCGGCUUUCGAUCGUCACAUGACGACCAUGAAAGCUCGGUAUGGCAAACAAGCAAUAAUAAAUCUGCUCGGAACUAGUCUGAUUGGCAGCAAGGAAGGCGAAGCCAUGUUAAGCAACGAAUUUCAGCGACAUCAUAGGGAAUCUAAUCACAUGGAUGUGCCACAUAUAGUAUUUGACUAUCACCAGGAAUGCAGAGGAGGCAACACUAGCGCUUUGUCAAAAUUGAAGGCCAAAAUUGAUGCCAUGUGCUCCGAUUAUGGCCUGUUCCAUGCCAUAGGGGAUAGCGUGUUCCGAGAACAGAAGGGAACCAUCCGAACCAACUGCUUGGAUUGCCUGGAUCGUACCAACUGCGUGCAAACCUAUAUUGGUUUGGAGAUAUUGAACGAGCAAAUAUCGCAAAUGUCCGCCCUGUCGGACAAAAAGCAGCAGAUCGCCUCUCGGUUCGAGGAAAUUUUCCGACAGAUGUGGAUCAACAACGGUAACGAAGUGAGCAAAAUCUACGCGGGAACCGGUGCCAUACAGGGCGGUUCGAAGCUGAUGGACGGAGCACGUUCGGCGGCUAGAACCAUCCAAAACAAUCUACUGGAUAGUUCCAAACAGGAGGCAAUCGACGUUUUGCUCGUGGGUUCUACUUUGAGCUCGGAGUUGGCAGACCGUGCCAGGAUCUUGCUUCCGUCAAAUAUGCUGCAUGCCCCGACACCAGUCUUGCGAGAGAUGUGCCGUCGAUACGAAGAGUUUGUAAAUCCCUUGGAUUUACGCAUUGCAUGCGGCACGUACAACGUCAACGGUGGAAAGCAUUUUCGCAGUGUUGCCUAUAAAGACGUGUCCCUUGCUGAUUGGUUGCUCGAUUGCCAUCGGCUGGCUCGAUCAAAAUCUUUGGUUGAUGUCACUCAUCCGGAGGAUAGUAAUGAUCCACCGAUCGAUAUAUUUGCCAUAGGUUUUCAAGAAAUUGUGGAUCUGAAUGCGUCCAACAUUGUUGCAGCAAGUUCCGACAAUGCAAAAGCAUGGGCCGAAGAGCUGCAGAAAGUCAUUAGCCGCGAUGAGGAAUAUGUCCUGCUAACCUACCAGCAACUGGUGGGCGUAUGCUUGUACAUCUACAUUCGACCGCAGCACGCUCAGUACAUCCGCGAUGUGGCGAUCGAUUGCGUGAAGACGGGUCUUGGUGGUGCAACGGGAAACAAGGGAGCUGCGGCCAUCCGGUUCGUAAUCCACGGAACGUCCAUCUGUUUCGUUUGUGCUCAUUUUGCUGCAGGUCAGUCGCAGGUGGCCGAACGGAAUGCGGAUUACGCGGAAAUCACACGGAAAAUCGCGUUUCCCAUGGGUCGUUCGUUGAAGUCGCAUGAUUACAUCUUCUGGUGCGGUGACUUCAACUACCGGAUCGAUAUGGAAAAGGACGAAUUGAAGGACUUGUUGAAACAGGGUGACAUCGGUUCGGUGCUGCAGUACGAUCAGCUGAGGAUUCAGCAGAACACAGGCAGUGUGUUCAAUGAUUUCUUUGAGGGUGAAAUCUCGUUCCCUCCGACGUAUAAGUAUGAUUUGUUCAGUGAGGAUUAUGAUACCAGUGAGAAGUGCCGUGCGCCAGCGUGGACAGAUCGAGUACUGUGGCGACGCCGUAAGCAGAGUCCGGAUGCUGAUAAGCAUCCAAACUGGAACCCUGGUACUUUGGUGCACUACGGUCGAGCGGAACUGAAACAGAGUGAUCACCGGCCUGUGAUUGCAAUUAUUGAUAUCGAAAUAUGCAACAUCGAUCAGCAACGAAGAUCGCAAGUUUUCAGCGAUGUUAUCCGAGACUUGGGACCACCGGACGGCACUAUUUUGAUUCAAGCCACAAAUGUACCCAACAGUGCAGAUUCCGGAGAUGAGGAUGAAGGUAGCAUUUACGACGAAAACUUAAUGAGCGCGUUGAUCCAGGAGCUGACACAGAUUGGUGAAGUAACUCUGGUGCGAUUCGUUGGAGAUACCAUGUGGGUUACGUUCCGUGAUGGUCAGUCUGCUUUGACCGCUGCUCAAAAGCAGUUUGUGCAAAUCUGUGGAGUUAACUUAGCCAUCAAACUGAAAACCGAAAACUGGAUCCAGCGAGUAGAACGAGAAAUUCUCCUCUGCACACCCAACACAGUAUCUUUCUGCGACAGUCAAAUAGGCGAUUACAACAGUCUCGGUAUUCCUGAAGUUCCAUCCCGUCCCAAAAGUCCUCCAAAUCUACAGCAAGCACCUCUCCGGCCGGCACCUCCCAGCAGGCCGCCUCUACCGAAAUCACCCCAAGCGUCUCCCAAACAUCAACCUCAUCAUCAUCACCAUCCGAAGGCCGGCGUCAUCAGCUUGGGCGCUGAAGUGCUGAUGGCUUCAAAACUGCACCAGAAACCGGCUGUUCCUCCGUCGCCGCUGGUGCCCACCUCAGCAACAACGAAAACCACUCCUCCCAUCGAAGAGUAUGCCAGUUCUAGUCCGAUUCUUGGCUCUCCGGCGCAUGGGUCGUCGCAGGCGAGUACCCCUCCCCAGGACACCGGAGCGAUCUACGAGGAAAUCAGUGACGACAUUGCCAUACCCGAACCACGGGGCCCCCCACCUCCUCCGCCACGCUGUGACGUGUACGACCUGGACGUGGUGAGCAACAAUAAAUCCAACAAAUCUUCUCCUCCCGGAACCUCCGGUGGCAGUUCCGGAGCCGGAUCGCCUCAAUCGUCCUCAGCUCCAACACAGGCUCCCCCCAAGACAAAUCCACCCCCGUUGCCAGUGCGCCGAGGAGUACCUCCUCCGAUACCAAAUCGAAGUGGCGGCGCGCCUCCGCUACCGGCGCGACCCAACAAUUCCUAAUCAGCGCGCAGAGCAUCCAAAAUAUCCAAAGUUUAUAUUUAAAUAAUCAACCAACCAACCAGUCAAUAAUCACCUAACUGCAGACUAAUGCCGGAAAAAAGUUCUACCUACUUAUAACACUGUCAAAGAUUUAAUCAUCCAUAGCUACUCACGUAGGAACAGCAACUCAAAAUACUAUGACUACAACUGCUAGUAGGUAAUUUCCGAGUUGAGACUAAACUUAGACGUAAAUAUCUAAUGGUAUUCACUUGACUGUGCAUGUUGUAUUGGAUAGUUUAGCAUCAAAAGAAGAUAUUUACCUAGCGAAACUUAACACAUUCCACGGUUUAUAGUUGUAUAUUUGUAUUAUUUGUUAAGUGUUCAACCGACAUCAGCUGCAAUUGUUUUGUAUACUUGAAUAGGGGCAGCUUGAUUUGUAUAUUUUGUGUAUUUAUUUCAAUUGACCGGGUCAAAAAGUUUAUGAAUGGAAUGUGGUUAAAAUGCUCACGCUUUGCAUUAUAUAAGAAAAAAUCAACACGAAACGAUUCCUUAUCGAGUACCAAUUGUGAUGUAUUGCAAAAGUUUAUAAGUUACGUCUACUAAGUGUUAAUUAUGCAUCAAAUUAUUACACGGUCAGCACUAUGUUUGCACAGCUGCUAAUUUCGCUUUUCCCAUUGAAUUUGACUAAAACGCAAUUGACAAUCCGUUAAGUGUUUGGUCAAACCCAAUUGAGAAAAGUAGAAAUUCAGCUCGAAAGUUCAUUUUUGUGUGGUGCCGUGUUAUUGUUAUUCGACUGCUGUUCCCCAAACGGAAUUCCCAAAAUCGAUGGAAGACAACACAAUACAAUAGCUAUAUCAGCGCGAAACAAAGAACGUUUUAUUGCAUUAUUUAUUAUGUAUAAACGCAAAACUGGAAAGAGCAUUACCUAAAACCUAGUGAAAAAUCAUAGCAAUGCCAGUAUGCGGCCGUUGUAGCACCAUAGAAGAGAAUUAAUACCAAUUAUAUAUCAUCCGUUAUAGAAAACAGCAGAAAUACAAUCUAUUCAAAAUAGCAA